CCUAGAGCCUGAGUUUAGAAAAAACCCCCAGCUGCAUUGAUACCUUAGUGGCCGCCGUACUUCGUCUUGUAUAUUUGAGUGUGGCUCCUCCUGUAACUUCGCCCUGUUUGAACAUUGCAAUGCCCAAGCGCAGACUUGAAGAUACGCCGGGGAUGCACCCCUCCAACCCAUAUCGCGAUAAUCCACCGGACUUUGCUGCCCUCGCUGAGCUGUAUCCGUCCCUAAAGCCAUUUGUCACCAUCAAAACCACAGGAUCAAAGACCCAGGGCACUAUCAACUUCCGGGAUCCAAUGGCACUACGUGAGCUGACCUACUGUCUCCUACGACGCGACUUCUCCAUUGAACUGGAUAUCCCAAUCGACUCUCUCUGUCCCGCUGUGCCCAACCGCGUAAACUAUGUGUGUUGGAUCGAAGACUUGAUGAGCAAUAACUCCCAAGGAAGUAUUCGCGGGAUCGACAUCGGCACAGGUGCCUCAUGUAUCUAUCCACUACUGGGUUGCACUCGGAACAAGAACUGGAAGAUGGUGGCAACAGACAUCGACGAUAGGUCCAUCUCGUAUGCAACUGAAAAUGUGGCCAGAAACAACCUCUAUCACGCUGUGAUCGUCGUCAAGAACACGUCAUCUUUAAUCUUCCCUGAUCCGUUAUUUAAAGAGGACGAUGAAAGGUAUGAUUUCUGCAUGUGCAAUCCACCCUUCUACGAGGAUGAACAGGAUAUUCAGGACAGUCUCGAAGAUAAAGAAUAUCUACCCUCGGCAACCUGUCAAGGGACGCCAAACGAGAUGAUAACGGCUGGGGGAGAGGUUCAAUUCGUGAAACAAAUGAUCGACGAGAGCCGACAAUGGCAAACGCGGAUAAGAUGGUACACGAGCAUGCUUGGGAAAAAAGAUUCAAUGGACAAAGUCGCUGCAUAUCUUAAAGAGAGCAAGAUACUAAAUUAUACCCUGACAACAUUUCGUCAAGGUCGAACAAGUAGAUGGGCCUUGGCGUGGUCCUUUGGAGAUGAGCACGCUUCUUGGGCAUCGAUUCAACACACCCCAAAAAAGAUGAUCAAGCUCGCUCCACCAGUAACGGCUCUUUCGUUCAAUGUUGCUGACACGACCCUCAAAUCGGCUGUGAACCAUGCCACGGCAAUUCUAGAUCGCAUCUCUGUUGAUUAUCAAGUGCAGAACAAAGAUUCCUUCCAUGGGGGCAAAGAGCCAAGAGUAUUUCGAGGGUCCGUCCGAACCAAUACUUGGUCGCGAGCUGCGCGGAGGGCAUUGGCCAGGAAAGCCAAGGAGCAAGACGGGGCUGCAGACGAAACCGCAACCAUUGAGCGUCCUGGAUUAUCUACACCGUUAGCCGCUAUGGCCUUCGAACUUCGCAUAUUUCCUCCCGAUGAUUCACGAGGGCCUGUAAGUAGCUCAUCAACCACGGCGUCGCCUGCCAAUACCCUUACUAUGCAGAUGACCUGGACAGUAGGACAGGAUCGCGACCUCUUUGAGUCCUUCUUUUUGCACUUUCGCACCAACUUUUUACAGCGUCUAGGACCAUCAUCAUCCCCUUCCGACAGUCCUAUUAACAAGUCAGUCUAGCCAUGAUCGUGGUCUUCUCUGGCUAGCUACACACGCGUCUAUUUUGCGCAGCAAGCUUGGCCAUAUGCGUUCGGCUCAGCAAUUGGCAAUGCCGAAAUAAAGUUGCCU